AUGGGAGCCGUGGAUAAGGCGGACAUUAUAAACAGCUUUGUGGAAUGCACUCGGAAAACGACCAAGUGGUAUAAGAAGAUAUUUUUCCAGCUGAUCGACACUGCUAUCCUCAACGGCAGCAUAGUUCACCGCCAACUAACAGGUAAAGUAAUUACCUACCAAAAAUACAGAGAGAACCUCAUGAGAGAGCUGUUGGAGGAGCACCACACCCCUCGGCGCCCCUCCACUAGGGGUCGCCCUGCUGUAGACAAUCCCCUACGCCUCACUGCACGGCAUUUUCCCUGCAAAGUCCAUCAAACUGCUGCUCAAGGUAGUCGCACACGGAGGCACUGCAAAGUCUGCCUGUCUGGCGCCAGGAGAAGUAAGCAGAGGAAGAUGACAAAAUACAUGUGUUUAGCUUGUGAUACACCUCUAUGUAUUUCACCAUGCUUUGAGGAGUAUCACAUGCUCAAGCAUUAUUGAGCACAUCUGCAGCAAUAAGUGACUGACUGACCUGACAGGUGACCUGCCAUGAUACUAUGCCUUUAGAGGUGGGGGUGGAAAUGCAGUUGUUAUUCAGUCACUGCAUGAAUAUUAAAUAUGGGUUAUGCAUAUUCCAUUUUUUUGUCCUCUAGUAAAACAAAUUGUUGUUGAACCAACUACCAAUACUUCAAUAAAAUAGACGACUAUUACA